AUGGAUAAGCUUAGUGUUUAUAAUAAGCCAAUCGAGCUCACACGGCCAUACUCGGCAGCAUCAUUUGGUUCUCGCCUUUGGGAAUUUUGGUGCUUUGGGAGAUCAGCAAGUGAUGCCAAGAGCCUUGGUUUCCAGUAUCGACAACGGAUUGAAAGGCUGAGCCGGAUUGGUACCCAGGACUCUGUCAAAGCCAUCGUCGACCUGCUCAGCCUUGGCCAAGCGCGUUCACAGAUAGGAGCGGCCAUCUUCAGUAAGCAGGGAGUCUCGAAAAAUUACAUUAAUCGUAUACUUAAGAGCGGAGCUCUUGUCCAACUUGGCCAAGAAGCCGACUCUUUGAAUAUAUUUACUCUAGGAAUGGUGGCCUACGCUGCAGAUGAAGGCAAGACGCAUCAAGGCGGUUGUCUGGUUGCUACGCUCGAGAGCAUGAUAUCGCUCUCCAAGAAUGUUCACCUCCAUCUCAACAACGAAGCGCUAGGCCUCCGCAAGCUAAAUGCAAUAAAAUGGAUCCUCGCUACACGUGACCUUAAGGAUUCAGGCCAUGAAUCGGCUUAUAUGUUUGACGGUGUAAUUCUAGCCGCACCUAUGAGCUCCCUUAAGCUUGAAUUCCGCAAUGCUACCUUUAAAACUGACAAUGACUUCGUCGUGUAUCAGCCUCGUCACCCCACUUGGUUCACGACCUCGCGUGCCCUGGACUCAGCGGAAGUGGGCAAGAAAGAUCCUCAGUUCCCAGAUAGGAUCAUCAGGCGGAUUCCACCUUCUUGGCAGGCGGCAGAACCAAGCACCGGAGCUAUCGAGAUAUCUGAUUUGGGACAUGAUGUCAAGCGAUGGCUUCAUAACGAUGUUCCAGAACGGAUGUAUCGCUUGCUCUCUGACAGGCCCGUCACAGACAAAAUGGUUCGAGACCUACUUGGCGGCAAAGCCAGCAGCUGGAUUGCCCGACAUACUAUCGAGCAAGGCUACCCUGUCUACGGCCCGCGAUCCUGGUUUUCCGACUUUGAACUCGAUGAAUUAGUCUGGCACACAUCAGCCAUCGAAGAACUCCACAGCUCCGUCGGAGUUAGUGCGUGGACCGGCCGUAAUGUAGCGAAUUUGGCAUUUCAAAAACUGAAAGAUGUUGCUUAG